UAACUUGCUUCUAUCAUGCAGAAUGAUAUAUUUUUCCUUCACUUUUCUUACACAGCUUUGGAGAUUGAGUUUACAAGGUCACAGAUCGUUGCUGGAAUCCCUGGUACUUUUUUCUGUGCCUGGUAUGCUUCGCAUAAGCAUUGGCUGGCAAAUAAUAUAUUGGGCCUUGCUUUCUGUAUUCAGGGAAUUGAAAUGCUUUCUCUUGGGUCUUUCAAGACUGGUGCUAUUCUCUUGGCAGGUCUAUUUGUAUAUGACAUUUUCUGGGUUUUCUUUACUCCAGUGAUGGUUAGCGUCGCAAAAUCAUUUGAUGCUCCAAUAAAGCUUUUGUUCCCCACAUCUGAUUCUGCAAGGCCGUUUUCAAUGCUUGGACUUGGAGAUAUUGUUAUCCCUGGUAUUUUUGUGGCAUUGGCUUUGAGGUAUGACGUGUCUAGAGGAAAACAGCCUCAGUAUUUCAAAAGUGCAUUUCUAGGAUACACAUUUGGCUUAGUCCUUACAAUUAUUGUGAUGAACUGGUUUCAGGCUGCACAGGUAACGGAUUUGUUUCAUCUUUCUACUUUUUUGGUAGGUGUGGGGGAAUGGUUAGGAGUUGUAGUCAAGUCAUUAAUGCCAAAUAUUAUUCUAAUACAUGACGGGAUUUGCCUUUAG